AUCAUCUUAUUCUUAAGAGGCUGCAAAGAGCUGGGACUUAAAGAAUCCCAGCUUUUUGAUCCUGGUGAUCUGCAGGACACAUCAAACAGAGUAACCAUCAAGAACAUUGACUAUAGUAGGAAGCUGAAAAAUGUAUUAGUCACCAUUUAUUGGCUAGGGAAAGCGGCAAACAGCUGCACGUCAUAUAGCGGAUCAACCCUGAACCUGAAGGAGUUUGAAGGUUUGCUGGCACAAAUGAGAAAGGAAACGGAGGAUAUUGAGAGCCCAAAGCGCAGCAUUCGUGACAGCGGCUAUAUAGACUGCUGGGACUCUGAACGCAGCGAUUCCCUCUCCCCGCCUCGCCACGGCAGAGAUGAUUCCUUUGACAGUCUGGACUCCUUUGGCUCCCGCUCGCAGCAGACACCGUCUCCAGAUGUAGUGCUCAGAGGGAGCAGUGAUGGGAGAGGAAGUGACUCGGAAACUGACCUGCCACACAGAAAGAUGCCAGAUGUGAAAAAAGAUGAUAUGUUGGCGAGGCGGACCUCACAUGGUGAACCUAAAUCAGCUGUGCCUUUUAACCAGUACCUCCCUAAUAAGAGUAACCAGACUUUCUAUGUACCUGCUCCACUUCGGAAAAAGAAAGCUGAACAAGAAGAGUACCGAAAGAGCUGGAGCACGGCGACUUCACCACUAGGAGACAGACCUUUCAGAUUCGGCCCCAGAACUGCUGUGUCUGAUGACGCAGAGAGUGUGAGCAUGUUUGACAUGAGAUCUGAAGAAGAAGCUGUGACUCAGCCUCAUAGCAAAGCUCGCCAUGAGAAACUGCAGAACAUACACAACCAGCUGAAAGAGGAUGAGACCAGAUGGCAAGAUGAUCUGGCUCGGUGGAAGAGUCGUCGAAGGAGCGCUUCACAGGAUUUAAUAAAAAAAGAAGCUGAGAGAAAGAAAAUGGAAAGGUUAUUGUCUGGAGACGGAACAAAUGAGCGCAGAAAAAGCAUCAAAACCUACCGAGAAAUUGUGGAAGAGAAGGAAAGAAGAGAGCGGGAGCUUCAUGAGGCAUACAAGAAUGCAAAGUCACAGGAGGAGGCUGAGAGCAUCCUCCAGCAGUACAUCGAAAGAUUCACUAUCAGUGAAGCUGUCCUUGAGCGUUUGCAGAUGCCAAAAAUUCUGGAAAGAAGCCAUUCAGUGGAGCCAAAUUCCCCACUGAAAGACCCAAAUCCUCUGAGAUAUUUAAGGCAACAGUCACUGCCUGCUCCAAAAUUCACUGCCACCAUUGAAGCAACUAUUGUUCCUACCGCUGAACUAGAGCCCAGCGGUUCGGCAGGCCGCACAUCUCCCAGCAAAAGCGUUGUCUCCAAGGCUGUGCCUAUGCUGACACCCAAGCCUUACUCACAACCCAAAAAUACACAGGAAGUUUUAAAGAACUUUAAGGUAGAUGGAAAAGUCAGCAUGAAUGGAGAAAAUUUCAACGGCGUGGAAGAGAAGGAUAAAGAGUGUACAACAGUAAUACUUACUCCUUCGCCAAGCAGAUCUCUGAAAUUUGACGGAGUAGCCAGAGGGGACAGGCCCCCGGUAGAGUUGAAGAAGGACCCCACAAGUGUUGAGCUCAGUUUACAGAGGCCUGCCACUCAGAGUGUGCACAAAGAGCCAACAGCCUCCCCAGUGGAAGCAGAUGCAGCCGCCAGCCAGCAGGUCGAGGCCAGCCCUGGAAGUGCGGGACCUGCGAGCGCGGCGUGCCCGUCCCCAGGUUCAGAUCAAAAGCAAUUCAAGUCAACUUGUGCCAGCCCUGUUGUGAAGAGAUUAGAAUUUCUUCCCAGUCCUGUCCCUUCAGAGGAAGCUGUUUCAAGUGAGAAAGUGAAGAAACCUGAAAUGGAGCAGCAGAAGGAAGCAGACCUCCCUGCUACACCGGAGGUGAUGAAACCAAAAACCCUGGAACAAGAGGGGAGUGUAGUAUUGCCAUUUUUAAAGAAACUACCUGAGACCAGCCAAGUUACUCUGCAGAAUUCUGGUCUACAAGAGCCGCCCCGCGGGGCCGCGGUUCCGCUUAGGGUUCGCAACAACUGGCGGCGCUCACAGUUUUUCUCGCAGUCAGCUGAUUCUGAUAGUGGUGACAAAUCAAAUCUUGGUUUUCCUUCACGCAAGCGUUUCAAUUUCUGGUCCUGGGAUCCAGAGGAAGAGCGAAAGCGCCAGGAGAGGUGGCAGCAUGAGCAAGAACGCUUGCUUCAGGAGAAGUAUCAGAAGGAGCAAGACAAGCUGAAAGAGGAAUGGGAAAAGGCCCAGAGAGAAGUCGAAGAGGAGGAACGUAGAUACUAUGAGGAGGAACGCAAGAUAAUUGAGGAUACUGUAGUUCCAUUCAUUGUUUCUUCAAACUCUGCUGAGCUCCUCUCCUCUUCUUCCUCUACCACUGAAGGAAACAAGACAGCGAAUACAGCUGAUUCAAACAGCUCUCCAGAGGAAGGCAAACAGAAAGAAGUUACAAGGCAGAAAAAGCUGCUCUGGGAGCAGGACAGUAUGCCAUCUCUGAAAAGCAAGGAAAAUGAACUCUGGCAAGAAAAGAGGAGUGGAAAUAAAGUGCUCUCAGGACACCUGGAGGAGGCGGGUAUCUUGAAAGGAUGUAAACAGGACCACCAGGUGCCGGUGGUGGAGCGCAGCUCGCCUGCCAGGCUGAAUCUGCCUUUGACUCAGGACGUCUCCUGGAAUCAGCAGUUGCUGACAAAGCAGUCCCCACAUCGCACAGAGGACAUUCGUCAGAGACCAUUCCUGCGCCAGAGUGCGGGACAACAGCUGAGCUCCACAGGAGAAACGAGGAGGGCAGGCUAUCAUGAGAACUUCCAAUCUGGGCCAUCAUCUCCCUGCUCUCCUGCUGCUCCAAGUCAGUCACCCAACAGGUCUGUCAGCGGAAAGAAGCUUUGUUCUACCUGUGGGCUUCCUCUUGGAAAAGGAGCUGCCAUGAUUAUUGAAACGCUUGGUCUUUAUUUCCAUAUUCAGUGCUUCAGGUGUGGCAUUUGCAAGGGACAGCUGGGAGAUGCAGCAAGUGGGACAGAUGUCAGGAUUAGAAAUGGCCUUCUUAACUGCAACGAUUGUUAUAUCCGAUCCAGAACUGCUGGACAGCCAACUACAUUGUGACAUGACUUUCAGUCCUAAUAACUUUCAAGAAGGAACUCUCUUCUCAUAUGUUUCGGCUGCCUCCAGACAAUCACUUGUAAGAGCUUGAAUCCAUGGACAUCAUGGCUCUCAUCUCAUUUUGAAAAACUCAUAAAAACGCUGCACCUGCUCCUUUAAAAUGCAAUAUGUUGGGUUUUCCCCUUCUUGCAAAAUUUGCAAAAUACGUAUGACCAUGUUUGGGAAGGCAAAGCCUAAGUACUACAGAAAAAAAAAUCCCACCUUUCAGAUAUGUUUAUGAUUUCCAGUCUGUUACCUUGUUCUUUUAAAAGUAAUAAGAAAAUAAACAUGCAAUAAAGCUGUUUUGUUUUAAUAUUUCUAGGAAUUAAAAAGUUUAAGUUUACAGAACCUUUAUAGAAUAUGCCAACUUGAGCUGAGAAGUAAUUUUAAGGUAGUAUCUAAUCAGUGCAUUUGAAAAACUAAACAUCACAGCACGACUUCUCUGUUAUAACUGAAGCUAUAACUUUUUUUAUACAGAGACUAGUUUGAUAAUGCAUCCUGUAAUUCUGAAGCAUUUUGUGUUUAUAUUACCUUCACCGGAGGGUAGGAGUUAUACAAAUAAAUUAUUGCACCUUUAGUGAUAGGACUUUUUUGUUUGUGUACCUCAAGUAAUGUUCAUGACUAUAGCUUAAUAUUCUCUCCAAUAAAGAUUUCUUCAUUAAACCUA